UCUUCAAACUCUACAGAACUUCUACAGAUUCUUUCUGUCAUUGUGAAGAAACAUCUCGAAGAAUGAGAAGCCUGAUGUGUUUGCUGUUCCUGGUGAUCUUCUGCUCUGUGCAGAUGACUUCAAGCAGUCCCAUUUCAGAAAAUGUGGCAAACUCAAAGUGUUGUGGAGAGUUCAGUAAAGUGAAGGUUCCUGUGAAUAAGGUGGUCUCUUACUACAAGACCAGCAGCAUCUGUGCCAGACGUGCUAUUGUGUUUCAGACAAUUGCAGGGAAAGAGUUCUGUGUUGAUCCAAAGACCCCCUGGGUGAAGAGUCAUGUUGAUAAAGUGGACAAAAAAACAAUACAAACUGCUACAAAAGCAUAAACUCAGAGUCUCACAGUUUAAAAAAAGCUACACUAUUUCUAUUUAAAAUGUGCAUUUCAUAUUGUAUAUUUAAACAUUGUGCUAUUCCCAUUGUGUAUAUA